ACGGAAGUGAGUGAUUUCGGCAUAACAGCAGAAGUUUAGUUACGUACUGAAGCUUUUGUGUGUUAUUUGUUUUUGCAUAUUUAAUUAUGCGCGUUUAGUUACAUCACGUCGAAAUAAUCAUUAUUUGGGUAUGGCCAAAGAGAAGCGACACAGACGAAAGGAGUCUCCGGAGCGGGAGACCGAAGUCAAGAUAAAACAGGAGAAACUGAGCCCAAGUAGGCCACAGAGAUCACGCCGCUCGAGGUCGAGAUCAACUGGCAACUCCAGUCCACAGAGAAGGAGAGCCAGCAGAUCACCUGCCAGGACAAGGGACCGUUCACCAGGUAGAAGGGAGACAUCUCCGGCUAGACGAAGCAGCAGAUCUCCCAGAAACAGGAGAAGUCGCAGUCCUCAUCGUGGCAGUGAUGUUAGAAUAAAGCGGGAACGAGAUGAGCAUAGGGCGAGCGGUGAUGAGAGGAGAAGAAGGAACGAUCAACCAGAAGAGAGGCGGAGCAGGUGGGAAACAGACAGGUCACGUGACAGAGACCGGGGCGUAGAAAGGCAUCGAGAAAGAAAUGCGCUCGCAUCUCAACAAGCUGAGCGACGGCAGCAUGAUGACCGGCGCAGGGAAAAUCGCCAGAGGCGUGAAGAAAAUGCAGAGCAUGACUUCGGACAAUCUGAAGGAAGGGGUGAUGAUUCUGGUGCACCUCCUGCUGAAAAAGAGAAGCCCAACUUUGAACUGUCAGGUGCUCUCACAGAAGACACCAACACAUUCCGGGGAGUGGUGAUCAAGUACAAUGAGCCACCCGAGGCUCGCAUUCCAAAGCGUAGAUGGCGAUUGUACCCUUUCAAGAACGAUGAGCCCCUUCCAGUCAUGUAUAUUCACAGACAGAGUGCCUAUCUGCUGGGGAGGCAGAGGAAAAUAGCUGAUAUCCCCAUUGACCACCCAUCCUGCUCCAAGCAACAUGCAGUAUUCCAAUAUAGACUGGUGGAGUUUACACGAGCAGAUGGCACUGCUGGCCGCAGGGUACGGCCUUACAUUAUCGACCUUGGUUCUGGAAACGGCACCUACCUGAACAACCAGAGGAUCGAGGCCCAGCGCUAUUACGAGCUCAAAGAAAAAGAUGUCCUCAAGUUUGGAUUCAGCAGCCGCGAGUAUGUCCUGCUGCACGAGUUCUCGGACACAAGCGAGGUGGAUGCCAAGCAAGAAGAGGACGAUGAGGGACUUGAUGAGUAGACUACAUACUCUAUUGCCUAAAUUCAUUCUGCUUAGACAAGAUCAUCAAGAUUGUUAAAGAAACAAAGAGCUGUUUUUGCAAGGAAGAGAAUAAGAAAUUGAGCAGGUAAAGGUGGAACUUGGAACUGUGGGGUAAAGAUGGUUUGUUGUGUAUAUUGUGUAAUUAAUGAACUCUAGCUUUAACUGCCACAACUGUCUCAAAGUAGACCUCCCAUUCUCAGGUUUUUGUGAUGCAUGACUGACAUCUGAAAGUGCUCACAUUACACAAGUGCUCAGUAUCAGAUGAAGAGAUCUUACUUAUCAAAAGUUAAUUAUAUAUUUUUUGGCCAAAACGCUGAGUGCAGACUAUAGUUUAUCCUAUGUAUCUAUACAAUAUGUGUCAGAGUACAUUACCUUAUCUGAUUGUGAGCUCUAGAUUGUUUAUUAAAAAUUCAGUUGUCUGAGUAAACCUUACAGACAUCCAGAUUGUUAUGAAUGGUUUGGUUUUUUAUGCUUUGUAGUACAGGGAGAACAUUUGAUGCUGUUGUUGCCCUUUUUGUCAGUUUAAAUGCUUUCGCUGAGUUUUCAUUUUUGUACUGUAAAUAAAAAUAAAAAUAGAGUUGUGUUGCU